AGAGAUGCGCGCGCUCGAUAAUAAACUUCUGACGCCUUCAUCCGGGAAUUUGGUACUAUCUCGCUCUCCAACAUGGCGGCGUCAGCUAAGAAGAAGAAUAAGAAGGGGAAGACCCUGACUCUCACUGACUUCCUGGCCGAGGACAGUGGGGGCAAUGCUGCCCCCAGCUACCCUCCCGCCAAGUCCACCAGCUGGGCUGACGAGACCGAUGACCUGGAGGGAGAUGUCUCCACUUCCUGGCACACGGAGGAGGACAUGUACAGGGCGCCGGCCAUCGACCGCUCCAUCCUGCCCACGGCACCUCGGUCGGCCCGCGAGCCCAACGUGGACCGCUCGCGCCUCCCCCGCAGCCCCCCCUACACGGCCUUCCUGGGCAACCUGCCCUACGAUGUCACCGAAGACUCCAUUAAAGACUUCUUCCGAGGCCUGGCGAUCAGUGCCGUGCGCCUGCCCAGGGAGCCAAGCAACCCCGAGAGGCUGAAGGGGUUCGGCUACGCAGAGUUUGAUGAUGUGGACUCCCUGCUGAGGGCACUGAGCCUUAACGAGGAGAACCUGGGGAACCGAAGGAUCCGUGUGGAUAUCGCAGACCAGUCGAAUGACAAGGAGAGAGACAAUGGUCAGAUGGGAGGUCGGGACCGGGGAGGGCGCAUGGCGGACAUGGGUCCCGACAAGACAGAUACUGACUGGAGGGCCCGUCCGACCGCAGACGCCGACGACGGCCUCCCCAAGAGAGAAGAGGCCUUUGGUGAAAGGUCACGAGACCGCUUCGAGUCUGACCGCUUCGGGCGGGACGGCCCCCGGCGUGACAACGACCGCUUUGACAGCGGUAGGGACCGCUUCCGCGACCGCUAUGACGACAGGGACCGCAGAGACUUUGACCGGGGAGGUGAGGCCACGAGUUUUGACUCUCGCAGCGGCGGGGGGCGUCGUGCCUUUGGCAGCGGCUUCCGCCGUGACUACGACGACAAUCGGAGCAGCAGCGACCGCUACGGCGGCGACCGGGGCGGUUUCGGCGGCGACCGCGAAGACCGCUUUGAGAGGCGCGAGGAACGGCGCGAGGAGAAAGGUGAGGGUCCCACUCAGAGGCCCAAGCUGAACCUGAAGCCCCGCAGCGUACCCAAGGAAGAGGAGCAGGGCGGAGGCGGCAGCGCGGCCCCAGCGCCGGCUCCCAGCUCCGGGCGCGCCUCCAUCUUUGGCGGGGCCAAGCCGGUGGACACGGCGGCCAAGGAGCGCGAGGUGGAGGAGCGUCUGAAGAAAGAGCAGGAGCGGCUGCAGAGGCAGCUGGAGGAGGACAAGAACCGGGGCCCUGAGAGGAAGCCCCGCGACAGAGACAGGGACCCAAGCUGGCGGAGUGAGGAGCCUCCCGCUGAACGCUCCCGCACAGGAAGUGAGUCAUCACAGCCCGGAAGCACUUCUGGGAGAGCCUCACGGCGUAGAGAAAGCGAACGUUCUGUGGAGAACGAGGUGUUCAGUGGUAGGGAAGAUGACCCGCCCUCUCCCGGGGCACGCCCCCCCUCUUCCAACUCCUCCACCUCCUCUAAGGAGCCCCUGAAGGUGAUGCCUGCACCCCCUCCCAAGGAGAACGCCUGGGCCAAGCGCAGCACGGUGAGCGCAGGGUCCAGCGACGGCGAUGGACGCGCCCCUGUCUCCCCCAGUGGCUCCACACCCCCCAAGCUGAGCUCUCAUUCUGCAGAUGAAAGAGGAUCUGGAAAGGACGAGAAUAAAGUGGACGGUGUGCAUCGGGACCGGGGGCCCUCUCGGGGUAGAGGGGGGGCCACAGGGCCUGCAGCUGGGCGGGGCCGAGGAGAGGGGGCCAACAGAGACCGACGGAGGGAGGCAGACAGAAAGGAUAACAGAAGAGACCGAGACUCAAGACCAGCACCAGAGCCAAAGAAAUACGAAGAGUCCCCCACCCCCAAGUUCAGCUCAGCCAGUAAGUACGCAGCUCUGCUAAUGGACGGAGACCAAGGAGAUGAUGUGGAGGACGGCUUGGAGUAAGACAGCGAUAAGAGAAACCGGCGAGACAAGGAGGGGAAACGUCAGACGAAAGAAUCUCACAUUUAAAUAAAUCUCCUCACCUCGAGUAGCGGCUCCUGCGGAGGGCAUCAACCCCCUCCCUCUUCCUUGAACCCCCCCUCCCCUUCCACCCCACCCCCUCUUUUUCAGGACUUUUCGGUUUCUAAACAGAAUAGUCACAUACUGGACUUAUUUUAAAUGGAAAAAAGGAAAGGAGUUGUAGCCACAUGAAAGAGAUGGAAAAAUGAAUUAAUUGUAAUAAAUAAAGUGGGGGAAAAAUA